GUCCGGCCGCUGCUGGCUGGGGCUUUAGUGACUUCCUUGUUGUGAACCCCGGCCCGGCAGUGUCCGGACUCGUAGCCCCGCUGCCCUUAGCGGGACCGCUAGCCCCAGUCUAGGUCGCAGCCGCAACUCCAGCCCGUCGAUUCCCUUUUCAGCACAGGUCUUUCCCCUCCGCACGCCUCGCGCUCCCUAACAUGCCCAACCCCAGCAGCACCUCCUCUCCCUACCCCCUCCCUGAGGAAAUUAGGAACCUGUUGGCAGAUGUUGAAACAUUUGUAGCAGACACACUGAGAGGGGAAAAUUUAUCCAAGAAAGCAAAGGAAAAGAGAGAAUCCCUUAUUAAGAAGAUAAAAGAUGUGAAGUCUAUCUAUCUUCAGGAAUUUCAAGACAAAGGUGAUGCAGAAGAUGGGGAAGAGUAUGAUGACCCUUUUGCUGGACCCCCAGACACUAUUUCGUUAGCCUCGGAAAGAUAUGAUAAAGAUGACGAAGCCCAUUCUGAAGGAAACCAGUUUCCUCCAAUUGCAGCACAGGACCUUCCUUUUGUUUUAAAGGCUGGCUACCUUGAGAAACGCAGAAAAGAUCACAGCUUUCUGGGAUUCGAAUGGCAGAAACGGUGGUGUGCCCUCAGCAAAACUGUAUUCUAUUAUUAUGGAAGUGAUAAAGACAAGCAACAGAAAGGUGAAUUCGCAAUAGACGGCUACAAUGUCAGAAUGAAUAACACUCUCAGGAAGGAUGCAAAGAAGGAUUGCUGUUUUGAAAUCUCUGCUCCUGAUAAACGGAUCUAUCAGUUCACAGCAGCGUCUCCCAAAGAUGCUGAGCAGUGGGUACAGCAGCUGAAAUUUGUAUUACGCGACAUGGGAUCUGAUGUUAUUCCUGAAGACAACGACGAAAGAGGGGAAUUGUAUGAUGACGUGGACCAUCCUCUGCCAACCAGCAGCCAGCCACCUGAUGAUGAAAUUUAUGAAGAACUUCCAGAAGAGGAAGAGGACAGUGCUCCCGCAAACGUGGAGGACCAAAGGAAGACGAGUCAGGACAGUGCUCUCCCCGCCACAGGAGAUAAAAGCACUGAUUAUGCUAAUUUUUACCAGGGUUUGUGGGACUGCACAGGAGCUCUUUCUGAUGAGUUGUCAUUUAAACGUGGUGAUGUGAUUUACAUUCUCAGCAAGGAAUACAAUAGAUAUGGCUGGUGGGUAGGAGAAAUGAAGGGAGCCAUUGGCUUGGUGCCGAAAGCCUACAUAAUGGAGAUGUAUGAUAUUUGAGAGUCCUGGCAGGAAAAAUCAACAUUUCAACUGAAGAAAACUGCAAAUUUUUUUUUCUAAGCAGGAAAAAUCAACAUUUCAACUGAAGAAAACUGCAAAUUAAGCUGCAACUUUCCCUUUCUGCCUGCAGAAAAGGAAGAUUCUUCUGCUAGUCAGUAAAUGCUUUGGAUUUAGAAUCAUCUUGAAAGCCUGCGUGGCAGCUCAUAACCUUUUUGUGUUUUAUUGAACGUUUGUCUUUAACUGUUAUUUUAUGCAUUCAUUAUAAUAUUCCUCUGAUGUGAAAUUAAAUAAAGAAUAUUAAUGUAAAUUAGAUGCAGGCAGGAAACUUGUACCUGUUGCUAUUUUGCUAAGAAAUAAAUGUAGUUUUUAUUUACUCA